AUGGCAUACUUACCGCCAGGAACUGAGUGCAACAACCCCUCCCCACCCCCUUCCCAAUCCUCAUACCUCCAACCCCGAGUCGUGAUCCAUUCCUCCCCCCGACCCCUACCAACCCUCCUGCAUCCCCUCCCACUCCAACAAAACAGCAUGCCCAAAAACCAAGAAAAAAAAAAGAGAGAAAAACCCUCUAUCGCACGACACCCAUCUCUAAGCCCGUUCAUACCAGUAAACCAUGAUGUCCCUACACCACAACACCCACCACCAACGACCACAACUCCGCUGCAUGUAUCUCUACCACAUAUCCCCCUUCUAUCUGAAGCACACAACACCCCAUACAUAUACCACCCCCUCCCCCCAACCCGAACAGUAAAAAAAUAAUUCCUAUUCAAGAAACUUCCUCCUAGCCCCAUCUGCAGCUACACAGUCCGCUCCGCUACCAUCCCACCCCACUAAUCCCGUACCAACCAACCCCCGUGCUUCUUCGUCCUGCAUACACAUAAAACAGCUCCCCAUCCAUCUAAUCCCACUUCACAUUGAGAGUAGAUGGAAUGGGUAGGUGGGCGUGGCAUGGCGAGCGCCCACACGCCUGAAGGGGAUGUCCGCGCACUUGUUGCAUGUUUCAUGCUCCGCGCCUAAUCCCUGUCAGCUUUGCUUUUGCGCAUGGGGCACCGCACUCCGCGGGCGGAAC